AUGCCCGCUGGCCCGGGGGCACCUUCUUCUUCCCAGGCGGCCCGGAGCGCCCCAGAGCGGGACACGUCGGGGCCCGCGGCCUGCCCGCCGCCGCCGCCGCCGCCGCAGCUCCCAGCCCCGGGGCCCCCGGAGUCCCCCGCCCCUCGGCGGGGCGCCGUCCGCUCCAGCUUCCCGCAGAAGCUGGCCGAGGCGCUGAGCAGCCAGUACGGCCUGAACGUGUUCGUGGCGGGGCUGCUGUUCCUGCUGGCCUGGGCCGUGCACGCCUCGGGCGUGGGCAAGAGGGACCUGCUGUGCUUCCUCACGGCGCUGAUGCUGCUGCAGCUGCUGUGGAUGCUGUGGUACGUGGGCCGCAGCUCCGCGCACCGCCGCCUCAUCCGCCACAAGGACACUUACGCCGGCGCGCACUGGCUCCGCGGGAGCAUCACGUUGUUUGCUGUCAUUACUGUCCUCCUGGGAUGCCUUAAAAUCGGGUACUUCGUGGGAUUUUCGGCGUGUUUAUCAGCCACCGAAGGAGUUUUCCCCGUCACACAUGCGGUCCACACCCUGCUGCAGGUGUACUUUCUCUGGGGCCACGCAAAAGACGUCAUCCAGUCUUUCAAAACCCUGGAAAGGUUUGGGGUGAUCCAUUCAGUGUUCACCAACCUGCUUCUGUGGGCCAACAGCGUCCUGAAUGAGUCAAAGCAUCAGCUCAACGAGCACAAGGAGCGGCUCACCACCCUGGGCUUCGGGAACAUCACGACGGUUCUGGACGACCACACGCCUCCGUGUAACUGCAGCCCCCCGACCCUCUGCUCGGCCAUCUCGCACGGCAUCUACUACCUGUAUCCUUUCAACAUCGAGUAUCAGAUCCUGGCCUCCACGAUGCUCUAUGUCCUAUGGAAGAACAUUGGGCGCAAAGUGGACGGUUACCAGCACCAGAAGAUGCGCCUCCGGUCUCACGGGGUCCUGCUGGGCUCCGUCCUGGGCCUGGUGGCGCUGGCCACCACCAUCGGGGUGGUGGCGGUGUAUCUGAUUCGGAUCGGGCGUUCCAAAACCAAGAGCGAGUCGGCACUCACCAUGUUCUACCUGUACGCCAUCAUCUUGCUGAUGCUCAUGGGGGCAGCUGGGCUGGUCGGGAUCCGGAUUUACCGACUCGAUGAGCGAUCCCUGGAUGAGUCCAAAAAUCCAGCCCGCAAGCUGGAUGCGGACCUGCUGGUGGGCACGGCCUCCGGCUCCUGGCUCAUCUCAUGGGGCUCCAUCCUGGCCACCCUCUGCGCUGAGUCCCGCCCCCCGUACACCUGGUACAACCUGCCCUACUCCAUCCUGGUGAUUGCUGAGAAGUACAUCCAGAACCUCUUUAUCAUUGAGUCCAUUCACCGAGAGCCCGAGAAGCUCUCCGAGGACAUCAGAACCCUGCGGGUGGUGACAGUCUGCAGCGGUGCUAAUGCCACAUCCUUCACUCUCUCCUGCCUCAAGAACGGCCCCAUGGCUGAAAAUGGGGCUCCCCAGGACAGUGAGAUGCCCCACGCAGCCAACGGAAAUAUGUGUCUGAGAGACGUCAGGGGCAAAGAGGAAGAGAAGAGCUGGGAAGAGGCCUCGGGCCCAGCCUGCCACCCUCGUUUCCUGCAGGGCAACGCCCAGAGGAGAGUAUUAAGGAAUAUUGCAGCCUUCCUCUUCCUCUGCAAUAUUUCGCUCUGGAUCCCUCCCGCCUUUGGCUGCCGCCCCGAGUACGACAACGGAUUGGAGGAAAUUGUCUUUGGCUUUGAACCCUGGAUAAUUGUGGUCAACCUGGCCAUGCCUUUUUCUAUUUUCUACCGGAUGCACGCAGCUGCCUCCCUCUUUGAGGUCUAUUGUAAGAUAUAAUCUGUGUCCACACGGAAGACAGAGCAGGGAGAUAACAAGAGAAUUCUCUGGAGCCACCUGGGAAUGGCAAGGUCAGGCAAACAUUGCCUUACAAAUGCGAGAAGGGCCACCUUUUGUCCGCCGUAAUUGUUUUUCCCCCCGCAAGCUAGAAUUGCCCCUCUCCCUGGAUGAAUGGAAACAAGUUAGAUCAGAAUCCCCGAGGUAGCUGAGAUCUGCCCUCAGUUAGUUAAUGCUCAUCCAACCCCAAUUAUUUUAUCUCCCGCUAAAUGAGCUCCUCUGUUUCAGAACAAUGGGGUCCCAGGUUGGAAAACAAAAAUAUACCGCCAGUUUUUCAUAAACAUCGUUUUCUGUUACCACGUUACUACACGCAAUCUUCCCUUGACCACCUGCAAAGAAUAAUCAUCCUUAAAUCUCAUCCUUCCCAGAGCUGAUGAACGGAGCUGCAGCCACGUGUUGUGUAUACUUUCUGAAUAUGCUUCAUUUUUGGAACAAAGUUAUUUUAUCAUCUGGAUGGGAAUUAUGUGUGUAGGUCAAUAUACAGACAUAUUUCUCACCUGAAAUUUUGGCAUGUUUUAAUUUGCGAUCAUCUAAAAAUUUUUAAAAAUAUAUUUUAUGCAUUUCUCUCACUAUAAAUACAUAGUGCUUAUUUUAGAAAAUGUGGACAUUUCAGAAGAGUAGAGGAAAAAAAAAUCACUUAGGAUGUGACUACUGUUCACUUGACAAUCUUUUUUCCCCAAGUUUAUUGAGAUUUAAACGACAGACGGCACUGUAUCAAUUUAAGGUGUACAGCGUAAUGAUUUGACUUCCGUGACUAUGAAAUGAUUGUCAUAAUAAGUGUAGCAACCAUUGGUUCUCAUAUAGAUAUAAAAUUGAAGAUAAGGAU